UGAUAAUAAAAAUAGAGAAAUAUAACUGAUAAGAUUCAAUGUUGUGAGUUGUGAGUUGUCUACUUGUGUAGUUGAGUUUUGAGAAUAACUAAUUAAAUUUUAAUACUUGGGUAGUUGACAAAAUUACAGUUAAUAUAAUUGUUAUUUCUGCAAUUUAGCUGUCAAUCUCCUCAAGUUGUUAUUGAUAUUUUGAUUCAUAUUCCGUGGGCAUUCCAGUUGAUUAUUUUUGAAAAUUGUACAUUUACCUAACAUCAGUCUAUACAAAAGAUGACAGAUAUAGUGAAACAAGCAGAGUCUUAUGAGGCAAAUGAAUUGUUCGACAUCAAAAACUCAUACUACAUCGGAAACUACCAACAAUGUAUUAAUGAUGCUCAGAAAGAACCGCCAAACUAUGGAAAUUUACGUCUACAACGAGACAUAUUCAUGUACCGUGCUUACUUGGCACAAAAAAAAUAUGGCAUUGUACUAGCAGAAAUAAAAACUAAUUCACCUGCAGAACUAAAACCCUUUAAACUGUUAGCAGAGUAUUUGCAAACUCCUGGUAAUAGGAAUUCUAUUUUGAAAACAUUGGAACAAGAAUUGGAAAAUAUGUAUGAAAUAAAUCAUUCUCUUGUUAUUGUUGCAACAACAAUUUACAAUCAUGAACAUAAUUAUGAAUCUGCUCUAAGAGUCCUUAAAAAUGAUGACACUCUUGAAGGUGUGACAUUGGCUUUGAUAAUAUAUUUGAGAAUGAAUCGAGUAGAUUUAGCAUCAAAAGAAUUUAAAAAGUUAAAAGAAAAGGACGAAGAUGCAACAUUAACACAAAUGGCUCAAGCUUGGUUAAACUUAGCAUUGGGCGGAGACAAAUUGCAAGAAGCUUAUUACAUAUUUCAAGAACUAACAGACAAAUAUGGAGUGACUGCUUUGUUGUUGAAUAGUCAGUCAGUAUGUUAUAUUGGUCAAUGUGAAUAUAAAAAAGCUGAGGUUACAUUACUAGAUGCUUUAGAAAAAGAUAGUAAUGAUAUUGAUUCUCUAGUAAAUUCGUUGUUUAUUUCUGUCCAUAUGAAAGUAUCAGCUGAUGUUACUAAAAGGCAGUUAAAUAUGCUGCGAGAUGCUUAUCCUAAUUCUGACUUUAUUGAAACAUACAAUAAAAAAGAAGCUGAAUUUGAUUCAUUGUCCCAAGCAUACCAACAAUAAUUUUCUUUUAAAAAGUUACAUUUAUAAUCUAAAUUAUAUAUUAUUUUUAUUUGCUUCAAAAUGUUAAGCUAUUUUGUAAUUUGAGAAAGUAUUAUAUUCAAAAAAUAGAUUGAAA